AUGCACUUACGCCACUAUCUGUUUGUACUUGACAAAGAAGGAAGUACUUUCUUUAGCCUAUCUGAAACGGAACAAAGAAAAUUGAAGAGCAGUAUUUACAUAAAUAGUUGCUACAAGUUUCAAGGUCUCAGUGACUGCAAGGAACUCAACAUGAUCAAUCGGUGCACUUUUGUUCUUUGUCUGUGGACAUUUACAUUAGCGUAUUCCGUAACUGCAGCAGCAGAUUCAAAAAGAAAAGAAUCUCAUGAUUGUAAAAUAUUUCCGGAAUUACCAAGAUGCAGGCACACUACACCAUCUGACGAAGUAACAACAACCACCGAAGCUCCAACAACCACUUCUGAAAUAACAACAACCACAGAAGAUUUGACAACCACCACUGAAGCUCCAACAACCACUACAGAAAUAACAACAUCCACAGAAGAUAUAACAACCACUACUGAUGAACCAACAACCACUUCUGAAAUAAAAACAACAACAGAAGAUUUAACAACCACCACUGAAGCUCCAACAACCACUACAGAAAUAACAACAUCCACAGAAGAUUUAACAACCUCUACUGAUGAACCAACAACCACUUCUGAAAUAAAAACAACAACAGAAGAUUUAACAACCACCACUGAAGCUCCAACAACCACUACAGAAAUAACAACAUCCACAGAAGAUUUAACAACCACCACUGAAGCUCCAACAACCACUACAGAAAUAACAACAUCCACAGAAGAUUUAACAACCACUACUGAAGCUCCAACAACCACUACAGAAAUAACAACAUCCACCGAAGAUUUAACAACCACCACUGAAGCUCCAACAACCACUACAGAAAUAACAACAUCCACAGAAGAUUUAACAACCACCACUGAAGCUCCAACAACCAAUACAGAAAUAACAACAUCCACAGAAGAUUUAACAACCACCACUGAAGCUCCAACAACCACUACAGAAAUAACAACAUCCACAGAAGAUUUAACAACCACCACUGAAGCUCCAACAACCACUACAGAAAUAACAACAUCCACAGAAGAUUUAACAACCACCACUGAAGCUCCAACAACCACUUCUGAAAUAACAACAUCCACAGAAGAUUUAACAACCACUACUGAAGCUCCAACAACCACUUCUGAAAUAACAACCUACACAGAAGAUUUAACAACCACCACUGAAGCUCCAACAACCACCACAGAAAUAACAACAUCCACAGAAGAUUUAACAACCACCACUGAAGCUCCAACAACCACUACAGAAAUAACAACAUCCACAGAAGAUUUAACAACCACCACUGAAGCUCCAACAACCACUACAGAAAUAACAACAUCUACAGAAGAUUUAACAACCACCACUGAAGCUCCAACAACCACCACAGAAAUAACAACAUCCACAGAAGAUUUAACAACCACCACUGAAGCUCCAACAACCACUACAGAAAUAACAACAUCCACAGAAGAUUUAACAACCACCACUGAAGCUCCAACAACCACUACAGAAAUAACAACAUCCACAGAAGAUUUAACAACCACUACUGAAGCUCCAACAACCACUACAGAAAUAACAACAUCCACCGAAGAUUUAACAACCACCACUGAAGCUCCAACAACCACUACAGAAAUAACAACAUCCACAGAAGAUUUAACAACCACCACUGAAGCUCCAACAACCACUACAGAAAUAACAACAUCCACAGAAGAUUUAACAACCACCACUGAAGCUCCAACAACCACUACUGAAAUAACAACAUCUACAGAAGAUUUAACAACCACCACUGAGCCUCCAACAACCACUACAGAAAUAACAACAUCCACAGAAGAUUUAACAACCACCACUGAAGCUCCAACAACCACUACAGAAAUAACAACAUCUACAGAAGAUUUAACAACCACCACUGAAGCUCCAACAACAACUACAGAAAUAACAACAUCCACAGAAGAUUUAACAACCACUACUGAUGCACCAACAACCACUUCUGAAAUAACAACAACAACAGAAGAUUUAACAACCACCACUGAAGCUCCAACAACCACUACAGAAAUAACAACAUCCACAGAAGAUUUAACAACCACCACUGAAGCUCCAACAACCACUACAGAAAUAACAACAUCCACAGAAGAUUUAACAACCACCACUGAAGCUCCAACAACCACUACAGAAAUAACAACAUCCACAGAAGAUUUAACAACCACCACUGAAGCUCCAACAACCACUACAGAAAUAACAACAUCUACAGAAGAUUUAACAACCACCACUGAAGCUCCAACAACCACUUCAGAAAUAAGAACAACCACAGAAGAUUUAACAACCACUACUGAAGCUCCAACAACCACUACAGAAAUAACAACAUCCACAGAAGAUUUAACAACCACCACUGAAGCUCCAACAACCACUACAGAUAUAACAACAUCCACAGAAGAUUUAACAACCACCACUGAAGCUCCAACAACCACUUCAGAAAUAAGAACAACCACAGAAGAUUUAACAAGCACCACUGAAGCUCCGACAACCACUGCACAAAUAACAACAACUAUAGUCGCUCCUACCGCCACGGAAGAAUUGACAUCUACAACAACAACCAGCACUCCCACAAACCCCCAAGCUCAUUACCAUCAUCAUCAUCACCACCAUGAAGUUGCUGGUGGCGGUCCAGCUUUACCACUUCCACCACCGAUACCACUACCACCAUUCCCUUUCCUAGGAGCCGUACCAGAUUCGGAAUCUGCUGUGAUUGCUAUACUACCAUUACCUUUACCGCCUCUGCCACCUCCUCCGCCGAUUCCUGCAUUUCCUCGGCCUCCACCAAGAUUACCUCUUCCCUUUGGAAAUAUUUUCGGAAAAUAAUAUAACUUUUAUACA